CAAGUCGUGAAGGCCAAAAUAUUUUUGUUUAGCGCACUUGAGGAGUGCCAUGGGAUCGAGCCCCAGUUGCUCCACUUGCAGCCAGGAUACUAGCCAGGCGGCGGCUGAGGUGGUCCAAGCCUCGAAGCAGACAUUGCCUGAGGCAAGCGAGGUAUUUGGGCCGGUGACGUCUUUUCAGAGCUCUGUUGAGAAGGAUAGCCCUACCCUCUCGAGGCUUGACAAGUUCAGCCGCCUUGAGUCGCUGGCACAUCUAGAGGUUGACGAGGAGGUGCUUCGAGGCAUUCCUCUCCACCAUACUUUGCAGGUUGGCUUGGGGCAGUGGAGCAGCCCCAAGGAGAUGAGCCAAAGAAAGCAGGAGGCGCUCUAUGAAAAGUCGAGCCCGACCCUGCAUUUCGACAUCUUUUUCUCUCACACAUGGUUGACCACGGGCAACAGGAAGUACGUGGCCUUGCUCUUCCACAAUGGCUGGCCCGUGAUGGUGACAAGUUGGAUUUUAGCCACCACAGUGUUGUCUAUCUUGUGUUUGACAGACGCUCUUCCUAUGCCAUUUAGCUACCAAGCAUCGGUGCUGGACUACCGGCAAACGUGCCCGUUGGGCUGUUGGGUUAUUGCGCUUACUCUGCCUGUUGCAUGUGCAGCGCUUGUCCUUUCACCAUACUGCCCCAACAAGCUUGGGAAGCACAGCAUUUGUUUCGUGGACAUGUUCAGCAUUCACCAAACAGAUUCCAUGUUACGGGAAAGAGGCAUUUAUGGCAUCGGCGGAUGCUUGCAAAGGUCCAAGGAGUUGCGAGUCUUGUGGAGUCCGCCAUAUUUUUCGAGACUUUGGUGUAUUUUCGAAUUGGCUGCAUACAGGUUUGCGAAUCCCCAAGGCAAGAUCACAAUGGCACCGCUCUUUGUGGAAUCCGUCGUGCUGACGCUCCUUGUGGGGAUCCUUGCUGUUUCCGCUGGCGUUUGGGUGGGAGCAGCCCUCAGGAGCAUGGAGGAAUAUACGGUGCUGCACAUCCUGCUAACUUCAAUAUUUUCUUCCGUGCCACUUUUGGGCAUCAUCCACGUCCUCCGCAAAGAGACAAGAGCAAAGCGUCAAUUGCUUCUUGAUCUCGAAAGUUUCAGCCUGGACCGGGCAGAGUGUUUGUCUGACUUCGACAGGGAAUUCAUCCAUUCUGCCAUUGACAAGUGGUACGGGAGUGCUGAAGCCUUCGCCAAAUAUGUGAGAGGUCCCCUGCGGGCUGAGCUGCUUCAAAGCAAUGCCGCAACCGUGCCAUCGGCCUACCUGAUGACCUGUGUAAUUAGCAUUGAGAGCAUUCAGGUCGAGCUCUUUCUCGCGCUUGUGAAGGGCGGAGCACCCUUGAAGUGCAUUUUGGCUGUUCUAGUGGGAUUGAUGAUUGGCCCGGUGUUCUACCAGUUAAGCUGCUUCAAGCUCAUGCUCAAGCUGGCAGAAAAGUUUGCAGAGCCCUGCAAUGCCAUCUUGGAUCUACUGCAGACCUUCCUCAUUUGGCUCACAACCUGGUUUUUGCUCGUGAUCUGCGGUUCUGCCACCGUGACGCUGCUAUCCAGACCUAAUGUACUGCCUUUGUUGCUCCUGGUGUUGUUCGAAUGUUUGGUGUUCCUGGCCGCCUUUGGCCACUUGCCACUGCGCCGCGUUUGUCUCCGAAGCUCGGAUCGCGCUUAGGCGAUGGACUUUUCACCGGGCCCACAAGUUUCACGCUUCCCUUUAAAUCACUUUCUGUCUCUGGAAGGGAGACGACAAUGUACCUCGCAGAAAGACAAGGGGCGAAGACAAGACUCGCCCGCCAGAUAAUGUGA